UAUUCCGAGAGUUCAAUGUGUCGUUUGAUUAUUGUUUCAUUCGUAACUCAACUGCUCUCGGCACACAUAACUUUUUUGCUUCCAAAAAUUUGAUUUGUUCUCCAAAUCUUAGAUAUUUAAAUUGGUAUGUCUAGGAACUAUGGACCUGGCCCUGGAGCUUACAUGCUACCCAGCAGCUUUGGACAAAAGGGACCGCAGUUCUCCUUCGGCCGCAGAAUAGAUCGCCAUAGAGAUGAGAAACCUGGACCGGGUCCAGCUGCCUAUAAGGUGGAGAAGGUGACUCGCUACGGAAACGCGGAGGGUCCACAGUUCUCCAUGUACCUAAGGAACUCCAAGAUGAAGCCCCUUCCUAUUCGAUUCUCUUAGUGACUCGAUCCUGAUUCGUAUUGAGUGAUCAAGUAAAAUCUAGUAAGCUGUUUCAAACAUAUUCAAUCUUGUGAUAUAAAUAGUGGUAAUUUAAAUAUAUGUAUAGUGGGAAUAAA